UGAAGUGACCACAGAUGUGUUCUUCUUUCUGUUCAACAGAAGCCCUACCACAAAUGUAUCUCAUCUAUCUUGCGCAUGACAAAGAACAAACACUAUCUGAGACUCCACUACUACAAGGAGCGUACUUAGUACCUACUCCAACUCUUUAGGGGUACAACUAGUUCCACAAUUAGUCCUGCGAGCGGUGCUCAAAUUAUUCAAGAUCUGAACUCGGCUUCUUGCAUCUCAAAUGACGAGGGGCAGGGUGCUGACGUCGAGUUGUGCACUCUGAUAAAUCUGGCCCGGCGAACAUGAUCGCGUACGGAACCUCAAAAGCAGCGGUGCUACAUAUGACGAAAAUCGCGGCCAAGGAUUACGCCCCGUCCAACAUCCGGGUAAAUUCGAUCUCCCCUGCAUUUAUCGGCCCCGGCUUCAUGUGGACACGGCAGGUGGAACUGCAGGCGGCGGCGGGUAGCGUGUACUACGAUCCGGACCCGUAUCCACUGCAAAAGUAUCGUACUCGUAGUAAUUGCAUUUAUGCAUUACAAAUCUCUUUCUCAAGAGAAAUCAGCACUACAAAUUCAAUUUGUAAUGCUGGGGGAAAAAUUUGUAAUGCAACUUAUACUAGUUCUAGUACGAUACUUUUGCAAUUCAUAACCCGAACGUCGUGGCAAAACAGAUGGUGGAAUCGACGUGGAUGCGACGGUAUCCCCUGCAAAAGUAUCGUACUCGUAGUAAUUGCUAUCAUGCAUGACAAAUAUCACUCUCUUGGUAAAACAGCAUUACAAGUUGCAUUCUUCUUCUUGCAAAAAUUUGUGAUGCAAUUUGUACUACGGCGAUACUUUUGCAAUGCAUAGCCGCUACGGGCUGAUCGAGGAGGUGAUCGGGCCGGUCACGUUUCGAUCUCCCCUGCGUUUAUGCAAUACAAAUUUCCCGUACAUGUACAAAAUGCAUGACAAAUCGCACUAA